UGUGUGUUGAGGGUAGUGGAUGGUUGUUUUGACUUGGUUUGCUAUAUGUGCUACAACCAUGUGGAUUUUAAGUUAUUCUUUAGCAGUACUUUUAGCCCUUGGUGCAUGUGAUGCUGCAGCUGUUCAUGCAUAUAACCCUAGCAGCAGAAGAGGCCAUCUUGGAUCUAAUAAUCCUAUUCAGUCGAUGCAGGAAGUGAAACAAAGUCUCUAUGACUUUUAUGGCCUAACUGAUGUAACUGGACCAAUCAGCAAGGAUACAGUUAAGUGGGACUUUGAGACUGGAAGUUACAGAUCUCAGACUGGCUCCUCUGGCAAUCCCUUAAGUGAAAAACCAGGCUCCGAAUCGCAUACAACACAAGGAAUUAAUGUUGAUUCAACUGGAAGUGGUGGUGUUUAUGGUUCUCUGGGAAAUGCAGUGAGUAUGGGCAUGUCUGGGUAUGAUUCAAGUCGGUCAACUACUGUCCAAGGCUCUGAAGUCAUCAGUUCUUCGGUCUUGGCCCCAUCGCAGCAAAGCAGUUAUUCUGUUUCUAAGCCAAUGCAGGUAGUUUCCUCAAUUCCACUUCAAAUUGGCAGCGUGUCUGUGGCAAAGCCCAGCAGCCAACAGUUAGUGCAGAUUAUUUCCCAGUCCAGCAGUGAGCAACCAGCAAGUUCUGGAACCGUGGCCCAGUCUAACCCUCUGCAGUUAUCCCAGCCCAGUGGCCAACUAAUAUCUCAGACUAGCUUCCAGCCUGCAGUGCCAUCUGGUAGAUGGCCCCUUAAGCCUCUGAACGGUAAACAUCAUCAAACUGGUUCCAGGCCAGUUCACAAUGAACCAGUAAGUUCUUCAAAACCUCCCAAAGCCUCACAACCUAGUUUAUCAAUAUUACAGUAUGGUAGUGUGCCAAGUAGCCUAGCUGGGGCUAAUUAUGAACUUGUGAGCCAGUCAGUGCAGUCCAGUGGCCAAACUGUGAAUCAACCAAGCAUCAUACAAACUCCCAAGGUCAUUGACAUCUCUGUGGUCCAGCCCAGUAGCCAGCAAAUUCCACAGGCAGUUGAUGCCUCUCUGGCCCAGGUCUCCAGCCAGCAGCUGUUACAGGGAAGCCAAUCAGUUUCCCAGUCAAAUAAUGUACAACCAGUAGAUGUAGGUUAUGUUUUUGUUGCUCAGCCAGGUGGACCGACUCCACUCAAGCAUCACAAGGGUAAACAUCACUUUGGAUCUAAGCCUUCCAGUAAUAGUCCUCUCCAGACACUAAGAUUUACUUCUGUAGAUCAGUCCAGUAGCCAAAUACCGGUGCAAACCAGCUAUCAGUCUGGGCCCCAGCCAGCUCUUCAACUACCAGUACAAGCCAACUACCAGUUUUCAUCUCCGUCCACAUGGCAAACACUAGUACAGGCCAGUUACCAAUCAGAGGCUCAGCCUACUUCCCAGCAGCAAGGACAAACUAGCUACCAGUCUGGGCCCCGAUUUGUUGUUCAACAACCAGCACAAAAGGUCUACCAGUCUGCUAGCCAGCCCACUGUGCCACAACCAGUAGAAGUCAUCUACCAAUCAGAGGCCCAGUCUACUUCCCAACAGCCAGGACAAACAAGCUACCAGUUGGUGGCCGAGCCCGGUCUUCAACAACCAGGAAUGGUUAGCUUUUCUGCAGCACCCCUUCCUCUUCAACCAGCACAAGCUAGCUACCAGUUGAUGUCACAGCUAGGUGUCCAACAGCCAGCACAGGUUAGCUCCUCUGUAGCCCGACCAAGCCAUCUGCAAGUUGGACAGUCCAACUACGAGUACGUUGUUAAUCAGAAUGGGCAAACCCUUUUCAAGCCACUUGACCCAAUUCCUGUGGAUCUUAACAUUCCCAGCCCCCUCACAUCUACUUUCAGACCAGCACAUCUGCCUAGACAUCCUAGGUUGCAGUCUGUAGUGCUUCAAAGUGAACAGCCAGUUGUGCUAGAGGUCCAACCAAGUGAUUUGUCUCUUGCCAACCCUGGACCAGGGAGUUAUACUUUUGUAGCUCCGCCCACUGGUCAUCUUUCAAGACCGUUACAGCAGCCUAGCUACCAGCCUCCAGCCAAGCUAUGGCAAGAUGUGUUUUGGCCCCUAGUCAAGCCUAACGAACUGGAGUAUUCCAGCUUUGAAGCACAAGUUGUUCCCAACCAUGUGUCAUUUCCUGUACAGUUUGUUUCCCAGCCUCAAAUGCUCCCCGUUAGUCUGUCUGUCACUCAGUCCAGCUCUUCCCCGGUUGUGCCUGUGCAGUCCAGCUACCUGCCUCAGGUAGUGUCAAGUUAUGAAACAGUCUUCCAGCCUGUAUUGCAGACCUCUUCAGUGGUGGCGCCAUCAAGUUCCCAAACCUGGAGCACCCCAAUGGUUUCAAACUACGAGUCUGUGUUGCAGUCAGUGCAACCUGAACUUCGAAUUCCAACACGGGUGAAUUAUCAGACUGUCACAAAUCAAAAUGCUCCUGGACCUGCUGGAAGCAAUAGGCAUUCAUCACGGAAGCUGCUUAAGCUUUUGCAACAAGUCAAGUCCUAGGUGUUUGUUUGCAGUUUCCUGAUUUGUUUACUUGCUGAUGUGAAUAAAUUAUUGGAAAUGUC